AUGAGCACAGACGUACCAAACUCCGGGCCCUCUGGGGAGCCUAACAGGAAAGGAUCCGUCAAGCGGGCCCGACAAAUGCUGGAUGCCGGCGUGCGUCCAGAACGAGCCUCGCCACCCCAGCAGAUGGCACAUCCUCCUGUCCCCAGGAAUAUCUCCCAUCAAACACAAUGGCCUCUUCCUGAUUCGGGUCUCCCACCGCACCCGGUCAACCAACAUCCUAGGUAUUUGGUUCCGCGUGGCCCUCCACCUCAGAGACCACCUCACCCGAGUGAACUCCCUUCGCCAUCCAUUUACUCAGAACGGGAUAGCCAAGCCUCAGAAAUGGGAUUGGGUCCGAACCCAAGACCACCCCGGUCCUUCUCACAACUUCAGCCGCCUCCGCUAGCGCAGCGCCGGCCGAUAAAUGAUGCCCCUGUCAGUCCCACCAGCACAAUCGACAUGACAACUCCACGAAUAUCGAUUGCAACAGAAGAAUUGUUCAGACAAUCUGUAGCUUCGUCAACGCCCUCCGUUCCCGAUGUGCCCCAAUUUCCACCUACUUUUCUACGGCCCGAGUCCGAGUCCGGUUUUUCUCAGGAUGACCCCAGGCACCGGACGGCAGGUCUUGUUGCACCGCUCAAUGCGCGACGACCUCCCCCAGCUUGUCAAUCAUCUGUUUCGCCCAUUCCAGAAGAAUUCGCCCACUCCCGCUUUACAAAAUGCUCCGUCGCCUCUAGCCGAGCCAUCCCCUCGAGCUGGGGAUCCGGUCCCGCUGAAUCCGAGAUUCUGGGAGCAUAUCUCGACAUGGAUUCAGAUGAUGGCCAGCGCUCACCGGGCCUCCAAGAGGAUGAUACGAGCCUUGUCCGAAGUGCCAGUAUUGGAAAGCGAGGAAAGCCGACGAUGCGUACCAUCCUCAGGUCUAACCCCGUUUCCGUUGUAGACAUGCCAGCACCCACUGAAGAGGAAUCCGCAAAGGGCAAAGCAGUACGACCUGUCGUGAUGGGAGCUGCUGCAAGCCAGAUGCCCCAUACACCAAGCCAAUUACGACAGUCGUCUACUACAGCAUCGAGUGAAUCACUGAAAGGUGUAGACCCCGAAAAGCCACCCUUUUCCACACAGCAUGACUCGCCCUCCGACGCCCGGCUCAAAAAAGAGCUCGAGGCCUUCGGAGGGCUGCCUCACGCUGCACCAACGAUGAGUGACAAAAGACCUGGCGGUCGCAAGCCUCCUGCUCUGAAUAUGCAUGCGUUGCGGGAUGCAGAAGCUCGUGGGAGCCUUUCCAGUCUAUCUGAUUUGAUUAAGAGGGCGACAAAGCUCGCAUCGAACCUAGAUCAUGGGAGAACCGCCAGCCGAGCUAAUCUGGCUGGUGGCGAUGAGGCAGGGUUCAGGGCUGGGAUGGGACACCGACCACGCAACUCCGGCUCUCUAUCGGACAUGCUCGCCUCCUUCCCCCCGCCGGGUUUGGCGACACCCGAAGAGCGCGGAUCACGCGCAUCAUGGCCUUUCUUUGCGCGCUCUAACCUGCGUAAUGUUGAGCAGCUUAACUCCAGCGAUGACGACCCAAAUGCUCCCCGACGCAGGAAGAUGUGCUGCGGAAUACCUCGGAAGAUCUUCGUGCUCAUCUGCAUCGCGAUCUUCAUCAUCGUCAUUCUUGCAGUUCUUCUCCCUGUGUUCCUUAUCGCCGUGCCCCGCGAAAAAGCGAACUCGCCCUGUGCUGAAAAGCAUCCUUGUGAGAAUGGAGGUGUGAGCGUUUCUGCUGGUGACCAAUGCUCAUGUGUUUGUUCGAACGGCUAUACCGGCUCACAAUGCAAUGUUGCGGGUGAUGGUAGCUGCACCACCGCACUGAUAUCUAACGGAUCGAACGCGACCAUGGGCAGUGCACUCCCUACUCUGUUCGAGGAAUCCAAGAAGAAAUUCGACAUCACCCUCGACCAAGUCACGAUCAUGGCUCUCUUCAGCAUGAACGACGUCUCCUGCAAGACCGAAAACGAACUCGUGGCUUUCAGCGAUGUUACAAGUGACGGCACAAUUAAGACCCGCCGAUCUGUACAGUUGACAGCCGACUCGACGCCAUCCGAAGAGAACAAAAAGCACGAUGCUUCUCCGUCUGUCUCGAAAACCGACCCAACAACAGUCCUGGCUGUCCGUUCCAUGGCCACUAUGAACGGUAUCCUAUACGAUGACGCGGAAUCAAGCAAGUCAGCUACGACCACGUCGGCACCUACUCAAACCGAGUCUGCGACGAGCACCUCCGCUACCAAUGCCAGCGCUCAAUCCACUUCCACCGAGGCAAAGACGUCCACGUCCACGUCCACUGUGACCAGUGUUCCCGACGACGUUGUUAGGUUUUCUCGGGUUGCGGUGUUGUACAUUCUGCAGAAGACAGGAUCACUUGACACGGCUCUGUCCUCUGAGAAGGAUAUUCAAAUAUACUUGGUCGAUUCCUAUGCGAACACGACUCAGCCGUCCAUGAGGGUAGGGGCGUUUGCUGUCAAUUUUGAGAAGUUGACCAUCACGCUUCCCAAUAGUACGAUAACGGCGCAGUGA